GCUUUUCUUUUAGAGUACAGCCGCUGCAAUUGAAAGCUCUGGAUUAAACGUGUUUGAAACUCAUAUCGAAAGAACCAGCGAGUUUUCAGAUUCAAGCCAACUGGGCUUAGCACAAGUGUAUGCGCCUUUGCAACCCGUACGAUUACAAGAAGAUGAUACUGCACAACGACAAGACAUUCCAGGUUCACAAUUUCUACUAAGGGAAACUAUGAACAUAAUGUUUGCUUUAGAGAGCAGUAUUUUGAACCAGAACGGCUGGAGAGAUGCCCCAGGAGUGGAAAGACCUGAAGCUGGCUCGUUGCCUUUCGCACAUUACACGCAAGCUGGUCUGCCAUCGGAUGCACUAGACGCAGUGCGCGCAUGUUUAUCGCACGAAAUUGCAAGUUUCGAAUUCACGUCAUCUCUAUAUGCAAUUAUAGCAAGGGGAGCAACUCUACCACAAAGUUCACUGCAGGUAACUCUACUGCUUGUCACAGUAAAUAACGAAAAGAUCUUCUUUAGGAAACUUUACAUCACUGCACGAGGCAAAUUCAACGCAUUACCUUCGAAGAUAUCUACAAGUUAG